UGGAAACAUUAUGAAGCCACAACAAAGCACACGAGGAUUUGUUCCCAAGGGAGCACUAGUUACACACAUGUGCAGCCUCUCUCCAGCAGCUCUGAUCCGAUUAGCUUUUCUGCUGUGUUAAAAUUAAUGGUAUUGUACAGUGUUGAGUGUACAGACAGUGGGUUAAGAUCUGUAAGAACGAGAGUAUCAUGCCAAUUACGCUUAAAAGUCGACUCUAUUGUCAAGUCAUAUCAAAAGGAGACGUGAAAACGGUAGACGAAUCCGCGGCUCUGGGGAGGUCCUUCUCUGGCUCGCUAAGGAGGUCCUUCUCUGGCUCGCUAAGGAGGUCCUUCUCUGGCUCUAGAAAGGCCCUUCUCUGGCUCGCUAAGGAGGUCCUUCUCUGGCUCGCAAAGGUCCUGCUUUGGCUCGCUAAGGAGGUCCUGCUUUGGCUCUGGCCUACAGGCCUUUGGGGACGAGUCGGAAGGAACUUUUGCAACGAGUGCGCGUUUUUUUUUCCUUCUUUCUUCCAUUUCUUUCCUAUUCCCUCAAUUCUUCUCCACUCUCUUCUUUCUUCUUCACUUGCUUCAUUCUUCCAUUCUUUUCCUAUUCCUUCCAUCCAUCUUCCCCCUUUCGCUCCACCGGCCUUUCCCUUCCUCCCUCCGCCUCUGUGCUUUUCGCCCUUACGUUGGCGCCCGCGGGUCCCUGCGGGCGUGAUGGUUAGCAUUGUUUUCACCUCGUACGUCAUCUAGCUCCACUCUGGGCCGCAUAACGGGUUUGUCUCAAACAUUCAUAUUAGGCUUUGUUUACAUUGUCGUUGCCAGAGAUAGCAGAGAGGCCGGACCCGGAUUUCUAAAAACAGUAAAGAAAUUAUUUAUUAAUUUCGAAGAGAAGUUUCGCCUAUCCCCCCCCCUCAAUACAAAACGAGCAAA